GCAGAGGCAGCUGCUAUUGCUGGUGACGCGGAAGCAUCUUCAGCGGAGAACGAUUCUGAGAAGAACAUCGACGAGACAAAGAUGUCCCUAAAUCUUCUUGAGAAGAUGCUUUUUUGUGCCUUCGGUCAACGUCAUGUAUAUGAUUUCACGAGUUCCACGCUUGGAAAGUGGGCUGCUUCAUUUGCUCAUUGGUACUACUCUUCCCCGAUCGACUGUACUAGUACCACUAGAAGCAUGAGUAUUGGAACAAAGACAAGCACAAAGAGUACUUCGCAUUCUCAGUCUUCGUCCUUCCAAAUGCGACAACAAGUGGAGCCACGUUAUAGCAGUACUCCUCCCAUUCCGAGUCCCAGUAUAGUGUCCUAUGUUGUAGAUGCAGAACCUGGUGUGGAGUCCCAGGUGGAGUCAUUUCUUUGUGACGAUAAUACGAGAAUUUUGAAGACGAGGGCGGUGAAUGACGAUUUUUGCGAUUGCGAUGAUGGAACUGACGAGUGGGAGACAGGGGCCUGUGCGGGCGUCAACGUGCAAGACCGACUAGAGCCGAUUGUUAAGGGUUCAUCUGAGUAGCAUUAGUAUUUUGUGUUUGACAUGUUUCUGACAUGUUUCUUUCUGUUGGAGAAUACGGCUUAUAGCUAUGCUUUGUUAUACUAACUUCUGAAUAUUGAUCAGUCCCUGCUGUGUUUGUCAAUCGCAAUCGCUUCGAAUUUUACUUUUUCAAACUCUACUCUGGUCUGCGUACCAGCGCUAAUUUCGAAGCUCAUGCCUCCGAUCCUGACCUCCUACACCGAAUGCGUAAGCGGCAGUGGCUCAUGAGACGCCUCUUCGGAGAUCGGUUGGCAUUUGGAGGCCCUAGGCAAGUCCAAGUUCCUGAUCAAGAAGUAGCGCCAAUAGCGAAAGAGAAUUAUAGAAGUUAA